UUAGGAAUUACUUAGAUAGUUUUGGCAUACACUUAUUUAAAAAAAAAAACAAAAAACUUGCCUUGUUUGUUGAGGUCUUUAUCUUUAGCUAAUUUUAACUUAUCCUGAAAACCACCAUAAAUGAGACUGGCUUGAUAAGUACUUCCAGAAUGACGAUUCAGAGUUAAGGCAACUGUCUGCAAAGUGAUUAAUGAUUAAGUGGUUUGGCUAGCUUCAUGUGAAACAUUAGGAAAUAACUGUUCUUGCUGUCUGAUGUGUCUGAAUUCUUAAGGUUUUCCCUUCGUAAAAGGAAAGAGUAAGAAACUUGUUCGUGGCCUAUUAACUGAUUCAUUAAUGAAUCAAGACUGGUUUGUAUCUAUCUGGUUUACCUUGUAGUAAACUAUUCAGGCAGAAAAUUUUUUGGUUGAUAAUUCUUCAUGACACACAGAGUGAAAUCAUGCUCUCAGUGAAGUUUAUGGAAGUUCUGCCAUUUUCUUUAUUGGCAGCUGGAAAACACCCAUAAUAGCAAAAAGAUUAAAAAUACUAAUGACAAAUCUGACAAGUCGCUUUUUCUGCACUGAGAAGCAGACUUUCUUUUUCAGGCCUGUGUGACUGUAAAGCAUUUUAAACACCUGCAAAACUUAGUACUGCAAAUCACUGACUACUUCCUUGUCUAACACGAGCUAUAAAGCUGGUUUCCCUUAUUGUUGCAAGUCUUGAUUUAUUAAGUGAUGGCGUAAACUGAGCACAGUCUUCACUUGCAUAAAUUCCAUACCCUGCCUACCUCUUUAAAAAUAAUUUCCUUACCAAGCAGGAAAUAUAACUUUGAGUUUCUUGUCAUGGAGAAAUGUCUGUAGUGGCGACGUUAGCUGUUGACUGAUCUUUGGACUACUUUGAUCCUGGCUCUUGAGGAACUCAACCUUGCCUUUUUUGAGAGGGUCAAGAGAAGUGGCCAGUGAUGCUAUUGGUGUCAGUCUAAUUUGGUGUUUCAGCUUUUUCAUGUCCCAUAUAAAACAUCAGUUUCCCAGCACUUUGGGAUUUUCUUCUUUUUAAUACUUUUUGAGCAUAAAUAUAACUAAAAUAUAGCUUGCAUAGCCACAACAAUAUACAGUAAGUGGAUAUAAAAGGAAGAAUAAAGCAGAAAACAGCAGUAGUUAUUCAUAGUAGUAUUUGGUCAUUGUAACUGAGUUGAAAAUGUAUCCAGAGUAGUGCGAGUACAGUCUGUCGUCCCCGUCCCCCCCAAGAAUUAGGGUACUGUCAGUCAAAUAUAAAAAACCCUAUUAAGGUGUACUCAGAAAUUUUCUGCUGUAUGGGAAUGGGAAUAGUUUGACAUCUGUGAAACUCUGAACAUCAUCUAAAGUUUUGAAAUCACCUUGGCAAGGAAAAAACCUUAAGGUAGUUUGGGCUUAAUUUCACUAUUCUGUUAGGAAGCUUUUUUAAAAAAAAAAAAAUCAAAACCAUUCCCAAAUAUUAAGCUAUAUUUUGAGUUUUUCCUAGUAUUCUUGGAACAUUUUAAUUCCUUUUUGGACGGGGGGAGGUAUUCUGUUAUCAAUAUUUGGCAUAAAAAAUGUAAUAGGUGCGUGUAUAUAUGUGUGUGUGUAUAUAGAUAUAUAUUUAAAGGAGCUAUUAAAAUUACCAUAAUGGCCAAGACAAAAUUCUGUAGAAUUAGCAUGCUUCAGGUUGCAAGCCAGAACUGGGGUAUGUCAAGAAUGAAACUCAUUAGUACAGAAACCCGAUUUCUAAAAAGCUUCUCAAGUAGAAAGAUUCUGCUAACAUAAAAUAGGCUAAAUAUUGGGCCUAGCAACUUUACAUGUUUGUUACAUUUGUAAUAUUAUUUGCAGUUGUAUGUACUAUGGGGCUUCAUAUUUUUCAGAAAGACUGAUACGGUUAAUUGUAGCUUUCCAGGUUGAGAAAGGAAGUUCCAUAUUGUUUUUCUGUAGCAGAUUCCUGUUGCUAUGCAACAAACAGAAUGUCACUUAGUACAGGAUAUAUUAAAUUUGUAUUCUCUGCACAUAUCUCUGCAUGUUCAUACUCCAAGGGGAGGUUAUAGUUCAGGCUUUCUACGGAAGACUUAAUGUGAUAUAUACAUUUACAUUUUUCUUCAGACGCUUGCUGUAACUCUGGUUACAAUGAACAGAGCAUCUGCCAAGCACGAGCUGCAGUUAUGGUCUACGAUGAUACCAAUAAGAAAUGGGUACCAGCUGGUGGGUCGACUGGAUUCAGUAGAGUUCAUAUAUAUCAUCACACAGGAAAUAAUACAUUUAGAGUAGUGGGCAGGAAAAUUCAAGAUCAUCAGGUGGUAAUAAAUUGUGCCAUUCCAAAAGGAUUGAAGUACAAUCAAGCUACGCAGACCUUCCACCAGUGGCGUGAUGCUAGACAGGUGUAUGGUCUUAACUUUGGCAGUAAAGAAGAUGCCAAUGUCUUCGCAAGUGCCAUGAUGCAUGCCUUAGAAGUGUUGAAUUCACAGGAAACUGGUCCAACAUUGCCUCGACAGAAUUCACAACUCCCCCCACAAGUGCAAAAUGGCCCAUCACAAGAAGAGUUGGAAAUCCAGAGAAGACAGUUGCAAGAGCAACAACGGCAGAAGGAGCUUGAACGGGAGAGGCUGGAUCGUGAGAGAAUGGAACGGGAGAGGCUGGAGAGAGAGAGACUAGAAAGGGAAAGACUUGAGAGAGAGCGACUAGAACAGGAGCAGUUGGAGAGAGAGCGGCAAGAAAGGGAGCGGCAAGAACGCCUAGAAAGGGAGAGACAAGAAAGGGAGAGGCAAGAUCGAGAGAGACUUGAACGACUUGAACGGGAAAGACAAGAAAGAGAACGCCAGGAACAAUUAGAAAGGGAACAACUGGAGUGGGAGAGAGAGAGAAGAAUUUCAAAUGCUGCUUCAUCUUUCGACAACUCCCUGUUUAGCACACCACUUCCUGAAUACUCCAGUUGCCAGCCUCCUUCAGCACCUCCUCCAUCAUAUGCAAAAGCAAUAUCAGCACCAGGGUCAGAUUCCACUCCGGAUUACGCUGUAGUGACCUCUGCACCACCGACUUCCACUCCCCCUACACCGCCACUAAGGCAUUCCGCAUCACGUUUUGCUACAUCUUUAGGCUCAGCCUUCCACCCUGUUCUUCCCCAUUAUGCUACAGUUCCUCGUCCUCUGAACAAAAAUUCUCAGCCACCUUCUCCUGUGAAUGCCCCAACUUCUUUGCCCCCAAAUACAAAGUCCAUUGUCUGGUCUGCUCCCAGUUUUGCACCACUUCCCCCAUCUCCUCCAGUAAUGAUCAGCAGCCCACCGGGCAAAGCUACUGGUCCAAGACCUGUCCUCCCAAUUUCUGCUUCUAGUUCUGUGUCCCAAAUGCCCCAGUCUCCUCCUCCUCCCAAUGGGCUUCCUGAGUCUGUAACUUACUCAGUUCCUUCACCUUCUACCUCAGGUCCAACGCCGCUGCCGCCGCCGCCACCACCUCCACCACCACUGCCUUCCUUUCCACCUGUCUCACUCUCUGGACCUCAAACUUCGCCUUCUCCUAGCUCCCCUAAUGCCUCAACUCCCUCAUCCAAGCCUAGUGUUCUCCCUUCUCCCUCUGCAGCUACCCCUGCCUCUGUUGAGAACUCUCUAAACUCUGUGCUGGGAGACUCCUCUGCUUCUGAGCCAGUCUUGCAGGCAGCCUCUCAGCUGAUUGAACCUCCGACCCAGCAGGGUGUCAUCCAAGGACCACCUGCACCUCCACCCCCACCUCCACUACCUCCUGGCCCAGCCCAGUCUUCAGCAGCAAUCCCACCUCCCCCAGGUCCUCCACCACCACCUCCACUUCCACCCUCAGGGCCACCGCCACCGCCUCCUCUUCCUAGCCAAGUUCCUCCUCCUGUUCCUCCUCCACCUCCUGCCCCUCCUCUCCCUACCUCUGGAUUUUCUAUGGGAUCUAUGUCUGAAGACAGUCGCCCUUUAACUGGACUAGCAGCUGCACUCGCUGGAGCCAAACUUAGGAAAGUGUCACGGAGUGAAGAGUCUUCUAGUUCAAGUGGAGGAGCUUCAUCUAAAACAGACACUGUUCGUGGAAAUGGACCACUUCCCUUGGGAGGCAGUGGAUUAAUGGAAGAAAUGAGUGCCCUCCUGGCCAGGAGGAGAAGAAUUGCUGAAAAGGGAUCAACAGAACCAGAGCAGAAAGAGGAUAAAACUGAAGAAUCAGAGCCUUCAACUUCCAAGCCUUCUUCAACAAGCACACCUGAACUAACAAGGAAACCUUGGGAAAGAACAAAUACAGUGAAUGGAAGCAAGUCUCCUGUUAUCUCCAGAAUAACUAAGCAAGGAGACUCAACAGGGAGACGGGAGUCUCCGUGGAAAAAUCUGAUUGUUUCUGAAAACAGGUCCUAUGAUUCAUUAAACAGACCAAAAUCUACACCAUCUGGGCAAACCAGUGCCAAUGGAGUACAGUCGGAAGGGCUAGACUAUGACAGAUUGAAGCAGGAUAUUUUAGAUGAAAUGAGAAAGGAAUUAACAAAAUUAAAGGAAGAACUCAUUGAUGCAAUCAGGCAAGAACUGAGCAAGUCAAAUACUGCAUAGAAAGACUAGGACUAAGCCAAUGUGACUCUUUCACUUGGUAUAAAGUCAACUACAUUUUGUGAGCUGUUAGAAGAAAAUGGAGACGAACACUUGGAAGGAGGGGAAAACGACAUUCUGAAAACUUUCAGACACAUCACUCUGGUGAUAUGCUUUUUCCUUCCUAGUUUGCUGCUUUUUUCUGACCUUUACAACAGGGUGGAAAAGAGUCUUAAAAGUUACUGUAAUGAUUAUGCAGAAAUUCCCACAUUUGUCAGACAAGAUCACAGUGCAUUGAGAUGUUCUCAUGUCAAGAUAAAAUUGCACAUAUUUCAGAAUUCAUUGUUAACACAAAAAAGGAGAAAAGCUUGGGAAGGCUUUUCAGAGAGGUUUUCUUUAUUAAUGAAGGAUUUAGCAAGCUAUCCUGUUGUACUGCAAAUGUAUCUCAGGUUUGUCUUCCUGUCAUAUUUGAUAUUUCCAUUAAUAACGUCAAAGAGCAGAUAUGUAAGUUCAUAUCACAAAAUAUGAAAUAAUUAGAAAUGUAUGCUUUAAAGGGCGAUAUCACCUAGAAAGCGAGGGUAUAUCAAGUUUUUGGAAUUUUAGGAUAGGAAGCCUCUCUAGUUAGCCUUCAUGCAAUUUUGUAAACAAAAAAGCAAGCAGAGAUGUAGAUGCCUUCCUAAAUUGUUACAAUGCUUUACCAAAUCUAAGACUUCUACAUAAUACAAACCAGUGGUCAAAAGUAAAUCAUUAGUAUGUUGUAGAUUUUCAGGCUGCUUUUUUUUUUUUUUUUUUUUUAAGAUUUAUGCAUGUGGACAUUUUUCUAAGGUUAACACAACACAAUCAGCUUUUUAAUUAAACAAAAAACAUUGCAUGUCAUAAAUAUUAAGUAGCCUUUUUCAUUUUUAAGGCUUAAUUAAUGCCAAGGAAAAGAGUUGGGGCGGGAGGAGGGGAAGGCGAUAGUUUCGGUUUAAAACUAUUUUUAUUAAUUUCUGCACUAUUUUUCCUCAUAUUACAUGCAUGUGUAAUAAUGAGGAAAAUUUUGUGACUUUUAUAAGUAACCAUGUUAACAGAACCAGGUACUUAAUCCUUUUGGUAUCAUUUCUUGAGUUAUUUGUAUUUCCGAUUCAAUAAUGGUUCUAAAACUCCCAUCUCACUUCUGUUUAAUUUCUUAGCUUGGUCAAAAUCCAAGUCGAUUUAAAUUUAUCAGCGAUUACCAGUGAUGCACCUGUGGUAGGACAGGAUGCACAACAAUUACCUGCUCCUGUAUUCUCUGAGGCUGCUUUUUGACUCUCUGAGGAAACAAGGGCAAGGGCUAUGAUGGAGCAUUAGAGCACAAGGUCACAGCAGAAAAAGAAAAAGGGAAGCAAAAGAACAGUAGUGGGGCAGCAUUAGCUUUAGUGAACAACGUGAGAACUUUUCAGGGGAGAUGACACUUUCCCCUUUCCCAUGGUUUAAAAAUGUGUUAAAACACAUAUAUGUGCAAUAUAUGCAAAUCAUAUAUGCAAAUCUUAUUUUAAACUAAUAAAAUUCAGUGGAAUAAAAAUCCUGCAAGUCAGAUCCGUAAUGCUUUGAAAAUAUUGUGGAUCAAAAUCUGCACUUUUUCAUUGCAUCUUGAAUUUUUCCAAGCUGUAAUAGUGCCAUAUUUGCUUUUCUAUACUGCUGAUUAGAAAAAAAAUUACCUGUGGUUUUGGAGGCAUUGUUCGUGUUACAGCUUACUUAGCUCCAUUUAUAGAACAAAAGUUUUAAAUGGCAUAUGCUCCUAAGUGCUGGAAACCAAAGCAAAUCAACAGCACUUUCUGCUUCUGAAAGGCUUGAAUGAAGGAAUUUUUCUCCAGUUUAAACAUGUUCCUGUUUCUAUAGAGACUCGAAUUGUAAACUUGUUCUACAAUGGAAAUAUUACCUAAAUCAGUAUAUAAUUAUUUUUCCAAAAACUGAUCAUCUUUCUUCAUGCAUUAGUGAAGGCAUUAAACAAAUUGCAGCAAGCUCAAAAUAAAAGGAGGCAUUUUCAUCUUUGAUACCUUUUGUUUUUGCAAACAUUUUAACAUUAAGAAAGUUUAUUCUUGUCAGAAAUCAUGUUUGAUUUUGUUUGUUAAGGAAGUUCAAGAGUAGCCUGCUAGAAAUGUAAUGGGAAUAAGUGGUCCAAAGUAGUAAUAAACAAUUAAACUGUCAGACGGGGGGAGAGGAAGAAACCUGGUUUAUGCACUAAACAUUUGUGCCUUGGUCUAAAAUUAACAUGAUUUCUGUUUAAAAGAAAGAAGAGCAGAUGUCUUUUUUUUGGCUGUUUCUACAUACAUACUUUACAUAAUCUCAUGUUGCUGAAUUGGUCCUUUCCAGAAAAUUUGAUUGAAUUAAAGCUUACUGUAACCACUUGCUGUCAUACUGACAGUUAUGCCAUUGCCAGAGAUUUCCGUAAUUAAAAUGAACUACAGAAGCUAAGAUUAUUUUGCUCACUGUUGAAAUAAGUUCUUUAAAAACCAUAUUAUGAUGGUUCUGUGCUUUUGUACAGUGGAUGUCUGAAACUGAGUACAGUUUAGGAGAUCCUUUCUAAUUCCAGGAAGGUAUUGCUUUCCUCAACACUGUGAUCUGAUCUGUGAUAAAUCUGUGCUAUACACAAGUGGCUAACAAGUCAGUUGCAAACAAACUGAAUGUAUAAAUCUUAGUGCUGGUGCUGAAAUCUCUUCAGAUAGUUGUCAUGAUUUCAAGUUCAUUGUUUAAAAAAGUUUUCAAGCAUCAAGUGUCAAUCAAAACUGAAGAUGAAACACUAAUGAAUGUUGAAUUUUCAUGCAUUUAGGUUUAUCUCCUUUUUAGUUUUCAGUUCAUUCUCUGCUAUUUUUACCAUAUUUGUGUCAUUUUAAAUUUCUUACAUGCUAACUUUGUUUUGUUUGAGCGAAUGAAAUAAAAUUGCAAUAUAUA